UCGAAUAUGGGGAAUCCCCUUUUUCAAGGGCAGCAAAGGAGGAGAGAGGUUUGGAUAGCUUGCAAUCUCCAGUGAGGUUGCAUCGACAAAGAAGGGUACUCAUUGAUCCUAUUCCAGCUAGUGCACAUCCACUAUUCUUUCUUAUUCUACCAGGUAAGUGUCGAUCCAUCUUCACCGGUGACCAUUUUCCUUCUUCAUCCCCUUCCAAUUUAUUGUCUAUUCUCUUUCUGAGUCAGUCUCUUGUUUGCAAGUUCAACAAUGGAUGAUGAUGGUGAAAAACUAUGUGACUUGCCACAAACCAUGGAAUUUACACAUGAAGAUUUCUCUGAACUGAAUGAUAUAAUAAAUCUCACCGCCACAAGUAACAUUGAAGAAAUAUCAGAGAUGUACAAAUCAUUCAACUCUACAACUGAUUUUGGUGGUGACAUAGAAAAUGAAAUGACCAAAGUGGACAAUGUCGAGUCUAAUGGGCUAAAAUCAUUGUUAACCGAGAAUUUUUCAACUCGAGAAGAGCUCCUUGAUAGGGUCCGUAAGGUGGGAUUAAUGGAAGGCUAUGUCACAACAAUCAGGAGAUCGAAACCAGGUCGUUAUGUUGAUAUUGGUUAUGAUAGAGGUGGGAAAUAUCGAGCUCGUGGCACUAGUGUUUCAUUGGAUGAAAGGAAAAAAAUAUCGGUGUCUCGCCUUAUAGGUUGUCUUUUCCAGAUAAAGGGAAAAAAGAAAGUUGGUGAGAGUUGGAAAGUGGAGAUUAAAAAUGCAUCUCAUAAUCAUGGAUUGUCAAGUGAUAUGUCCGGACAUACCUAUUGUCGUUGUUUUUCACAAGAAGAUAUGUUAAGCAUAAGACAAAUGAUGUUGGCCGGUAUACCACCUUGACAAGUUCUUUCUUCUUUGCGGCUGAGUGAUCCAAGUU